AAGAGUAUGAUGAACUUUGCAGUUAUUUCCGAUCCGGACUCAAUCCUUUAGCCAUCUCUGCCUCAUCUCGUACAAUUUUGCCUUUUUGCAUCACCUUUAUAUGCGGGGCCGGUCACUACAAUGUUUCUACCUAAGGCCAAUGUUGAGCGCUCCAAAUCAUCUUAUUGAACUUCAGCGUUUGCGCUCAACGACGGACUCGAGUUUAACAUGGACGUUCUUCCCGAAGACUCGAUGAGCCAGCAGAUACAAAGUGACGGCGGACUGUCGACCUCAGAAGACUCCAGCACCCGCAGAAAUCCGCGGAGCAAUGCGGCAACAGGCGCUUCAGCCGCUGGUGUGCGUGCUCUUAGUGCGCAACUUGUCGCUUUUUAUUUCAGAAUCCCUGUAAAGGCGUUCUUUCGCACACGGGUUGAUUACAUGGCGUUUGCUCGAGCUGUUUCCCCACGUCUAUCUGAAGGUGGUCGCUGGUCCCUACACACCACUACUCCGGGUCUACUCAUUCAUGCUGUUCGCGCUUAUGGCUGGCGGUUCAUACCAAAUCAGGUUGUACCCCCUUUGCUGGCUAAUGCUGGGGUUGGAGCUGUGCUGUAUACUUCGUAUCUUCAAGUUUUAGGUGCUUUGUACGAGCCUGUGUCGCAAGGUGUGAGACGUACAUACCCACCAGCUAGCCCGAUCGAUACUUUUGUAGCCGGUUUGGUGGCUGGCUCAAUUCAGUCUGUUGUAGCUGCCCCCCUGGAUGCUCUGCAAGUCCGCCUCAGAACCAGCGAUAUUAUCGAAGGCCGUUAUCAGAGCAUGUGGCACUAUGGCCAGCGCAAACUACAACAAAUCGGGGUACGCGGUAUUUUCGCCGGCUGGAGUCUGUCAUUUUUACGCGACUCUUUCGGCAGUGCCGUCUUCUUUUCUUUCUUCGAGUACAUCAAAUCGCAGGCAUACUACUCCUUCGUUACUCGCUAUUAUGGGUCCUCAAGCCCUCAAAAAGUGGGCUAUCUGCAGUCAUCUCAGUCCAGCGACCGUGGAGUGCCGCUAAUCAAACCGCAUUAUGCUCUGGAGCCAUGUUUCUUAUUAGCUGCGGGCCUUCUCGCGUCUGUCGCCCAGCAGAUCAUCCAACACCCACUGAAUGCGAUACAAAAUAUUCACAUUGCACGGUUGGAAUACCUUGACCAUCAGGCAGCCUUACGCCCUUCGAGAAGGCAAAUGCUGCGAAUAUACUACUUAGCGUACCAGGAAACUUAUAAGCGGUGCAUAAGAAAGGCUGCUCGGGCUGGAGGCUGGACCAGAUGGCUUUAUCGAGGGUUCUUGGGCAAUACCCUUCGUCAAGUUCCUAGUACAAGUGCCGGACUCGUGAUUUUCGAGUUAGUGCGCCGCAAACAUGCAAGCAUGGCAGAUGCCACAUAUAUACGAAAAGAUGGCUACGAUAUUCUGCUGCCAUAACGCUUCUUCUCAUCUGUGAAAUUCACCCAUUAUGGGUUUUGGGACUCAAGUUGAGGACUUAUUUGGUGCGGUCAAAGUUCUUUUGGCAUGUCCCACACUCUAUCUGCUAAAUUACAGCCCAUUGCAGUCUGCACAGCAAAUCCCAUGUGGUGUCGCACGCUUACGAGUUGGUAGAAGGGUGAAGCGCUUCUCAACAAACUGUCAAAAGACUUCACAUAAUCGCGCUUCGUUGGCUGUAUAAAGAAGCGUCAUCAACCCUUGGGAGCCUUACUGCUCGGCUGUAUCUUUUAGCGGACCAUUAAUGUAUAAACUCUUUCGAGUAUUAUGUGGGCCGGGUUGUAGAUGGACUAGACAUAGAUACGAUAGUCUUUAAUCAAGUUUUGGAGC